GAAGGUGAAGGUUGAGAAAAUGGAGAAAGAGAACGAAAAGACCAAAACUGUACCACCAGACUGGGAGUUAAAUCCCUUUGAUUUACAGGACAAGCUAUCCAUGUUUAACAUGGACAUGUUUAAAGUUGUGCCUGACAUGGAAAAAGAAUUUGCAGAAAUACGAGCCCAGAGGCCCAAGGGCAGUAAUCAUGAGAUGAGGAAUGAAAUCAAGAGACUGGAAACAUUUGACACCUUUAAAACCUACUCAUCUUGGUCCCCUGAUGAAAUGGCUAACAGUGGGUUCUACUUCACGGGUAUUAAAAACAGCAUUCAGUGCUUUUGCUGUGGGCUGGUAAUGUGCACAAACAGUCUCGAAAAAACGCCACACGUCAAACACCAGGAGCUGAAGCCAGAGUGUGACUUUUUGAAAGGAAAGGAAGUGGGCAACAUUUCUAAAUAUGAAUUGAAAGUCCAGAGGAAUUCCAUUAUGCCUCCUGAAAGACGAGAAUUUUACAAGGCUGAGGAGACACGCCUGGAAUCCUUCCAUGACUGGCCAACCUAUGCCAAAGCUGACGUUGCUGCACUAGCGAGUGCUGGGUUCUUCUUCACAGGUGAGAAGGAUAUUGUGCAGUGGUUCUGCUGUGCAGGGAGUCUGGCUUUUUGGGAAACAGAAGAUGAUCCUUGGAAAGAACAUGCCAAAUGGUUUCCAGAGGACGAAGCAGGGAUGAAGACAAUAUCAUCUCAAAUGUUCCCGAAGAAAGGAGCUGUUCAUGACCCCAGUGCCAAUAUGGAUGAGAGGAAGAUUUUUGAAGCAUACCUCCAUUACACUCUACAAAAGCCAAGGCAGGAGUCUGUUAAGGUGGCAGCUGUCAUGUUAUCUUGUGGAGACCUUGCCUUAGAGGGUCUUUUUACCAAGCAGUUUGAGUUCACUGAGGAGAGCCUCCGGGAUGCAGGGAUUGACAGUGGAGACGUUCUUGCUCUGGGGCUGAUGAGCAAGUUCACCACUCAAAUGCUCUUUCCUGUCUACAAGUUCUUUCACGUUUCCUUUCAAGAGUACCUGGCAGCCAAGCGCCUGAGUGACCACUUUGAAUCUGAUACUGAGGAGCAGCUGAAAAGAGGCUGGUGCUAUCUGGCUCAAAUUAACACGUACUUCAAACACUUCCUUCAUUUUGACAGAGGUGUAUCAGAAUUAGCAUCUGCACUGCCCAAAUUUGAAAACAUGAAAGUCUUAAAUCUAGAAACCCAGGAUAUUCAGGAUAAAGGAUCUGCCCAGAUAUUUGCUCAGGCCCUAGAAUCACUGGUGAAUUUGAAAGAGCUGCAUCUUCCUUUAGGCAACGGAAUGAAAGCCGCCUUGCCCACUGUGCUAGAGCAGCUACAACAUAUCAGGCAGCUGCAAGUUCUGACCAUUGGGGUCAUACUGGAGGAUCACAGCCUUUACCAGUUGGCCAAACUGUCAAAAGAGAGCUUUCUUCAGUCCGUUCAGAAACUGGACCUCGAGAUCAAUCAUGGGGUCACCGACGCAGGCUGGAGGGAUUUUUUCCAAACCCUGGACAACCUGCCCCAUUUAAAAGACCUCCUUGUUUCCCGACACUACAGUAAGACCCUGAAACCCCACGCCUCCACGGUCAGGGCCUUUGUGCAGUGUGUGUCCCGGCUGCCCAGCCUGAUGCUCAUUGUCAUGUAUGGUUGGCUGCUGGACUCCGAAGACCUGAACAUGUUUAACCAGAUGAAAAGGCAACACCCUCAAUCUCAAUGUUUAAAACUCAUUUGGCAGUGGGUGCUGCCCUUCUCACCGCAGAUCCUGAGAGAAACAUUUUAACAUAGGGAGUAAAAAGUUUAGGAAAGGAGCUCCGGUAUCUUAAGGGAUGUUUGCUUGUGGUGCUUAGUUCUUUUAAGAUGUUUAGUUUGUCUUAAUAAGGUGGGUAGAUUUGUUCAAUCCAUGACUUACCUUAUCUUUUGACACAAUGACGGUUUACAACUAAAGGAAGAUUGUUUGGCAUGAAUAGAUAAAUAGACACAUAAACAGUGUUUUAUUGUUUUCAGAUUCUGUUUCAUAAGGUGCAAUCAUGCCUGCCUGGAGGCUUUUAUAUGGUUAUUUUUUUAGUGAUGACUAAAUGAUUAGUUUAAGAGUAACAGGUCUUGUUAAAUGUGUUGUAUUUUUGCCGAUAUUACUGCUAUAAAGGCAAAAUUACCAAGAAAUUCUGAACUCUGUGUUCUUUGUUAAGUUUUAGGUAAUAAACUCUCAGUAAUGUUAUGAGGUG